UCCUGUGAGAUCAAAACAGUUAUGAUGCCAACUUUAGGAUCAAAGAAGAAGGACAAUCAAUCCAGAUCGGACAGAUACUCCGAUGACUUGCCACAGUUGAGCAAUGACAUGCAGCUGAGCAUCAUGAACAAGGUGAAGAGCGGAGAAUUGUCCAUCGAGGAUGCUCUGAACCAGGCCAGGAAGGACGUGACGCAGCUGCACCAACAGAAGACAGUGGCUGAAAAGGAACCCCAACCCUCACAGUACAACUUCAGUGUUCACAAACACAGCCACUACAGAUGGCAGAAGAGGGUUCUUCAGAUCGAUUUCAAGACCAAGAGGCUGUGCAGUAUUGAGAAAGGCAUCAUCAAACGAGAACUUCCCUUCCCCAAUGUCAAAAGUUGUGAUGAUGGAGUGGGUUCUAGGUUCACCAUUUCCUUUAAAGAACAUCAUGAUUAUGAAUUGGAGGCCACUUCACUGGAGGACAAACACAAGAUGAUGCAGCUCGUGAAUCAGAUCAUUUAUGGGAACAUCUACAGUGACAACACAGAAACACGUCAGCAGCCUCAAGCAUCACAGAGCCUUCAGGAAGGCGUCUUGUUGCUGCACCGGGGCGGCCUGGCAUCAUUCAGAUGGGUGAAAUAUGAGGUCCAGCUGCACCCAGGUCAGCUAACACUGGUCCCCUUUAGGUGGCGAGGCCCCGCUGACACUGAGGUGACAUCCUCAGUGCCCUCGUCCAUCGUGAUUCAUCUGUCAGAUGGCGACACCAGUGUACAGAAACCCAACAGCUCCGACGCAUUCACUCUGAUCACCCACAAAAACGAGUACCAGUUCCGGGUCCCUGUACCAGAUCAAACAACUGCCCCUGGAUCCGUCCAGAUGGAGCGAGAUGCUUGGGUCAAGGCCAUUGACAAACUGUGUUCAGACUGGAAGAGGAGGUCCAUGGGUGAAUACACGUGCAUGGAAAGAAAGGAUCUACGACAUCUCAGCAUAGCCGAAACCGCAGAGGACACCAAUGCAGAUCUUGAGCCAAGUGGUGAAUUGGGUGGUAGAAAUACGACUUAUCCUCCAGUUGAUUCUGAAAAUGCAGAUCCCACUUCUGGCGGUGGAGAUCACUUAUCAGCCGAUGACACGAGUCAAAGAUAUCCCUCAGCCGAUAGAGCAAAGCCUGUUCCUAAACCUCGCAGCAAGAGUGACACGGAUGUUAUCAGGCCUAAUAUUUUGUCUCUUGUCCCAUCACCAACCUCCCCUGAUGUCUUUGCCUUAUCUACGUCCACUUUCCCUCCACCCACACCCUCCAAUACUAUCCUCACACCCACUUCCCCAGUACCAAAGCCUCUUAACCAGGAAUCAGGUGCGUCUGUUGCGAAAGUGCCUUCACCCCCGAGAAUCCCAGCCCCUCCACCUUUACCCUUCAAAUCUGCGAUGAACACAAGAAAACCACGUACCAAGGCUUUCCACUGGGACGUAGUUGGCAAAGAGAAGAUUGCAAAAUCAUUUUGGACACAGGAAUGCAACGGGAGGAUUGAAAUCGACACAUCUCGCUUAUUCGAGCAAUUUGCCGUUAAAGAUCUGGGGACGUUAAGUGCGGCUGAGCCGAGCAACACCCAGCAUAUUAUGCUCAACCAGAAGAUUGCACACAACUUCAACAUUUUCCUCAAAAGUUUUCCAGUGCAAGCGGGAGAGCUGAAGGACAAACUGUUCAUUGUUAACGAGGAAGAUGGAGGCCUGUCUGAUGAGCACAUCACCUCUCUGAGGAGGUACAUCCCCACGUUGAGUGAUGUGGAGAUGUACAAAUCACACAAGGGACCUGUGUCAGAGCUGCAUAUUGUGGACCAGUACAUGAUGGAGAUGUGCAACAUCCCCUGUCUGAGCACACAACUCGACCUGCUGCUGACUCUGAGAGAGCUUCCGAUCAGCAUGAACGACCUGCAGCCGCUGAUUAACCAGAAGAUCAGAAUGUGCACGCAGCUGAACAACUGCAGGUCAUUUGUUUCGGUGCUGGAGUACCUCCUCGCCAUUGGCAAUUACCUCAACGAGAACACCAGGAAGGAAAAGGCCAAGGGAUUCCGCCUCUCCUCCUUAUCUAAACUCACCCAGCUCCGUGGGAAAGAGAGCAAUUUCACCUUGCUCCAUGCCCUUGUGGAACAGAUCAUGUUGCAUGAACCAAGCCUGCCCACUUUUACCCAGGAGUUGACAGAAUUUGAAACUGUCCCAGGAGCUUCCAUCAAAGGCCUGACCGCAGAAGUAGAUGUCCUGAAGAAUGAACUGCAGAAAGUCAUUCAGUAUAAAAAAACAUAUAAGAAGAAAGGAGUUCAUCACCCAAACUUCUCCAAAGACCUGAAGGCUGCAAUUGAAAAAUAUAACACGGAUCUCUCUGUACUGACGAAGACAUGUGAGGAGAUGAAGAAACUCUACUCUGUCAUACUGGUUAAAUUCGGUGAACCGGCGGAUCAAGACUCUCAAGAGCUCUUUGGGUUGAUCUGUCAUUUUAUCCACGAAUUCAAGGGGGCCCAUGCGAAUGUUCUAUGAGUUACAUGAGUACUUAUGAGAAACCACUGAGACAGCAGCGAUGCCUUUUAAACAAACCAAUCAGGUCUUAUUGUCUUAGUCUCAGGUCAGAAACAGUAAGACACCCACACAAAAAAAUGUUUAUAUAACUUUUAAUGCAGUAUUUAACAUUAAAGUUAUGGUAUAAUGAUUUUGGUAGCUGUUUGCAUUUUUUUCUGUGUACAGAUAUCUUAUUUUACAAAGAGCUGUGGAUGUGUUUCAUUGUAUAGACAUGCAUUAUGAAGUUUAUAGUGAUGCCCAUGCACCUGGUCAAUGGGAUGUCAAUGGAAAUCAGUUUUGUGAAUAUUAAAUUGAAGUUGCAGUAUUUCAUGUCAGAAGUUGGUUUGAUUUGUAUUAACUUCAUUAUUACUGACUUUAAUUUUGAGAGGAAUCAGUAAUGCAGGAUUUGCAACUCCUGGAUGCUAAUGUGUGUCGCUGCUACUCACAGCUGUCUGCUGGCGGAGAAACAAAACAAACAUCACUUUGGAGCCCUUCUGUACUUUGUGUGUAUGAUUAUUUUGAAAAUGCAAUCGUGCUGUGGUCAGGGACGUUUUCCUAUCCCAGCGCUCCUGAGGAGCUUCAAGGCUGCCACUUAUUAAGGAACACAUACCACUGUGGCAUGAAGAGAAACACAACAUUCCUCUUAAGAUAGAAAUAUAUUUUCAGGCAGAAAACUCCAGUUCUGACGAGUGAAGCCAAUGCAGUAGUGUCUUAAAACUUGCAUUCUCUCUAAUGGCCAGCAGGUUGUAAAAAGAAGUCUAAUUGUAUGAUAGUCUAUUAGAAAAUGACCCUACUUUUCAUUUGAUUUAUUACCACAGGUAACAGUGUAAACAUGAGUUAAUUGUCCCAAUCACCAGUUUCAAGUCUUCUUCAAUACAUCAUGAUGUCCUUUUAGUAAAUGAUGGUACCUUUUAGAGUAAAAUAGACCAUAAAGCCGAGUAUGCUUUAGGGCGGCUGUGACUGACAGGUCGCUGCAGCUACCAGAGCAGUAUGCAGUGUCUCUAUGUCGCUCCUCCGCAUUCAAAAUAUGGUAACUUCCGUUCACUGGUUGCAAAUGCCAAGAUGGCGACGGUGAUGGCCAAAUCAUUGUUAAAAAAAAAGCACUAUUUACAUUUCUAGGUUGGUCUUAAAAAUCUUAAUUUGAGUAUAUACUUUGCCAGCCACAUCAAUUUUUUUUACAGGAUAUUCAACCUUUGUUUCCUUAAAAUGCAUGUAAUACUUGACUUCUUUCUUAACAGGGCUUGU